AUGUUUGAGACAGCCUCUACUGCUGCUGCUCAGGUCACAUACACUGUUGAGUCCACCACUGUGUCCACCACCAUCAUGUCUGACGUCACCACUUCUGCAUUCCAGUCUACCGUACAACCUCCCACCCAGCCACCAACAACGACAGCUGCUGCCAUUGAGCGUUUCACCGUCAACUUCACCAUCACCAACCUUCCCUACACUUCCAACCUGGAGAAUCCUGACUCAGCCAAAUUCAAAGCUACUCAAAGGGUUAUGAACACCUUGCUGGACCGCCUGCUGAAGGAAAGCAGCAUUGGCCCUGUUUUCCAAGGAUGUGAGACAACAGACUUCAGGCCAGGCAGCCACAGGGACGAGACCCGGGUGGACGCCGUGUGCACCUACAGCAAGGAGGCCUCGGCUGCGCCUUUGGACAGGGUGGGGCUGUACCACCAAGUGAGCAACAAGACCAGAGGCAUCACCCAGCUGGGCCCCUACAGCCUGGACAAGGACAGCCUCUACGUCAACGGAUACAACGAGCAGCCAGUGCUGACCACUCCCACCCAGCCACCAACAACGACAGCUGCUGCCAUUGAGCGUUUCACCGUCAACUUCACCAUCACCAACCUUCCCUACACUUCCAACCUGGAGAAUCCUGACUCAGCCAAAUUCAAAGCUACUCAAAGGGUUAUGAACACCUUGCUGGACCGCCUGCUGAAGGAAAGCAGCAUUGGCCCUGUUUUCCAAGGAUGUGAGACAACAGACUUCAGGCCAGGCAGCCACAGGGACGAGACCCGGGUGGACGCCGUGUGCACCUACAGCAAGGAGGCCUCGGCUGCGCCUUUGGACAGGGUGGGGCUGUACCACCAAGUGAGCAACAAGACCAGAGGCAUCACCCAGCUGGGCCCCUACAGCCUGGACAAGGACAGCCUCUACGUCAACGGAUACAACGAGCAGCCAGUGCUGACCACUCCCACCCAGCCACCAACAACGACAGCUGCUGCCAUUGAGCGUUUCACCGUCAACUUCACCAUCACCAACCUUCCCUACACUUCCAACCUGGAGAAUCCUGACUCAGCCAAAUUCAAAGCUACUCAAAGGGUUAUGAACACCUUGCUGGACCGCCUGCUGAAGGAAAGCAGCAUUGGCCCUGUUUUCCAAGGAUGUGAGACAACAGACUUCAGGCCAGGCAGCCACAGGGACGAGACCCGGGUGGACGCCGUGUGCACCUACAGCAAGGAGGCCUCGGCUGCGCCUUUGGACAGGGUGGGGCUGUACCACCAAGUGAGCAACAAGACCAGAGGCAUCACCCAGCUGGGCCCCUACAGCCUGGACAAGGACAGCCUCUACGUCAACGGAUACAACGAGCAGCCAGUGCUGACCACUCCCACCCAGCCACCAACAACGACAGCUGCUGCCAUUGAGCGUUUCACCGUCAACUUCACCAUCACCAACCUUCCCUACACUUCCAACCUGGAGAAUCCUGACUCAGCCAAAUUCAAAGCUACUCAAAGGGUUAUGAACACCUUGCUGGACCGCCUGCUGAAGGAAAGCAGCAUUGGCCCUGUUUUCCAAGGAUGUGAGACAACAGACUUCAGGCCAGGCAGCCACAGGGACGAGACCCGGGUGGACGCCGUGUGCACCUACAGCAAGGAGGCCUCGGCUGCGCCUUUGGACAGGGUGGGGCUGUACCACCAAGUGAGCAACAAGACCAGAGGCAUCACCCAGCUGGGCCCCUACAGCCUGGACAAGGACAGCCUCUACGUCAACGGAUACAACGAGCAGCCAGUGCUGACCACUCCCACCCAGCCACCAACAACGACAGCUGCUGCCAUUGAGCGUUUCACCGUCAACUUCACCAUCACCAACCUUCCCUACACUUCCAACCUGGAGAAUCCUGACUCAGCCAAAUUCAAAGCUACUCAAAGGGUUAUGAACACCUUGCUGGACCGCCUGCUGAAGGAAAGCAGCAUUGGCCCUGUUUUCCAAGGAUGUGAGACAACAGACUUCAGGCCAGGCAGCCACAGGGACGAGACCCGGGUGGACGCCGUGUGCACCUACAGCAAGGAGGCCUCGGCUGCGCCUUUGGACAGGGUGGGGCUGUACCACCAAGUGAGCAACAAGACCAGAGGCAUCACCCAGCUGGGCCCCUACAGCCUGGACAAGGACAGCCUCUACGUCAACGGAUACAACGAGCAGCCAGUGCUGACCACUCCCACCCAGCCACCAACAACGACAGCUGCUGCCAUUGAGCGUUUCACCGUCAACUUCACCAUCACCAACCUUCCCUACACUUCCAACCUGGAGAAUCCUGACUCAGCCAAAUUCAAAGCUACUCAAAGGGUUAUGAACACCUUGCUGGACCGCCUGCUGAAGGAAAGCAGCAUUGGCCCUGUUUUCCAAGGAUGUGAGACAACAGACUUCAGGCCAGGCAGCCACAGGGACGAGACCCGGGUGGACGCCGUGUGCACCUACAGCAAGGAGGCCUCGGCUGCGCCUUUGGACAGGGUGGGGCUGUACCACCAAGUGAGCAACAAGACCAGAGGCAUCACCCAGCUGGGCCCCUACAGCCUGGACAAGGACAGCCUCUACGUCAACGGAUACAACGAGCAGCCAGUGCUGACCACUCCCACCCAGCCACCAACAACGACAGCUGCUGCCAUUGAGCGUUUCACCGUCAACUUCACCAUCACCAACCUUCCCUACACUUCCAACCUGGAGAAUCCUGACUCAGCCAAAUUCAAAGCUACUCAAAGGGUUAUGAACACCUUGCUGGACCGCCUGCUGAAGGAAAGCAGCAUUGGCCCUGUUUUCCAAGGAUGUGAGACAACAGACUUCAGGCCAGGCAGCCACAGGGACGAGACCCGGGUGGACGCCGUGUGCACCUACAGCAAGGAGGCCUCGGCUGCGCCUUUGGACAGGGUGGGGCUGUACCACCAAGUGAGCAACAAGACCAGAGGCAUCACCCAGCUGGGCCCCUACAGCCUGGACAAGGACAGCCUCUACGUCAACGGAUACAACGAGCAGCCAGUGCUGACCACUCCCACCCAGCCACCAACAACGACAGCUGCUGCCAUUGAGCGUUUCACCGUCAACUUCACCAUCACCAACCUUCCCUACACUUCCAACCUGGAGAAUCCUGACUCAGCCAAAUUCAAAGCUACUCAAAGGGUUAUGAACACCUUGCUGGACCGCCUGCUGAAGGAAAGCAGCAUUGGCCCUGUUUUCCAAGGAUGUGAGACAACAGACUUCAGGCCAGGCAGCCACAGGGACGAGACCCGGGUGGACGCCGUGUGCACCUACAGCAAGGAGGCCUCGGCUGCGCCUUUGGACAGGGUGGGGCUGUACCACCAAGUGAGCAACAAGACCAGAGGCAUCACCCAGCUGGGCCCCUACAGCCUGGACAAGGACAGCCUCUACGUCAACGGAUACAACGAGCAGCCAGUGCUGACCACUCCAACCCAUCCAACAACGACAGCUGCUCUCCUUGAGCGUUUCACCGUCAACUUCACCAUCACCAACCUUCCCUACACUUCCGACCUGGAGAAUCCUGACUCGGCCAAGUUCAGAGCCACUCGAAGGGUUAUGAACAUGAUGCUGGACCGCCUGCUGAAGACCAGCACCAUUGGUCCUGCUUUUCAGGGAUGUGAAACAGACUUCAGGCCAGGCAGCCACAGGGACGAGACCCGGGUGGACGCCGUGUGCACCUACAGCAAGGAGGCCUCGGCUGCGCCUUUGGACAGGGUGGGGCUGUACCACCAAGUGAGCAACAAGACCAGAGGCAUCACCCAGCUGGGCCCCUACAGCCUGGACAAGGACAGCCUCUACGUCAACGCUGCUGAUCAAACUAUCCAACCUCUAGCACCAGCAGUGAAGAACUUCACCCUGAACUUCACAAUAACCAACCUCCAGUUCACAGCAGAUCUGCAGAAACCCAAUUCCAGGAGAUUCAAGUCAACAGAAAAAGUCAUGUACCACUAUCUUGAUCUUUUACUCCAAAGGAGCAGCAUUGGCCCAGCUUACAUCGGCUGCAAAGUAAUGGCAUUCAGGUCCACGGAGAACAGGGAUGACACAGUAGUAGAUGCCAUGUGCAGCUGUAGGGAUGAGCCUUCAGAUCCCAAGUUCAACAGAGCAACCAUUUACCAUGAGCUGAGCAAAAUGACCAAUGGCAUCACCAAACUGGGACACUACAGCCUCAACAGCCAGAGCCUCUAUGUCAAUGCAGUGAAAUCAACCACACAAAGCCCAGGAGCAAUCACGGAGAACUUCACCCUGAACUUCACCAUAACCAACCUCAUGUUCACCACAGACCUGGAGACACCAAAUUCCCGUAAAUUCCAGUCUGCUGAGAAAAUAAUGAAACACUACAUUGACUCCCUGCUUCAGAAGAGCAGCAUUGGCCCCAAUUUCACUGGCUGCAAAGUGACGGGAUUCAGGCCUGGGAAGAACAGGGAUAGCACAGGAGUGGACACCAUCUGUGGCUACAGAAAUGGCUCCCAGGUGCCCAAAUUUCACCCAGCUGAGGUUUACCAAGAGCUGAGGAGAAUGACAAAUGGCAUCACCAAGUUGGGAAUCUAUGACCUGGACAACAAGAGCCUCUAUGUCAAUGGUUACAACGAACCCCUUGAGAGAUCCCCCAGGAGCACCACAGCUGCACCAAAACCAAUAUCCAGGAAUUUCACACUUAACUUCACCUUGACCAACCUCCGCUACACUGCAGAUCUGGAUGACCCAAAUUCCCGCAGAUUCCUUUCCACAGUGAAAGUUAUGAACCACUAUCUUGACCCUCUUUUCAAGAGGAGCAGCAUAAACUCUGCCUACACAGGAUGUAAAGCCAUGAGAUUUAGGUCUGGGAGGCGCAGGGAUGACACAAAAGUGGAUGCUGUGUGCAGCUACAAGGACAAUGCCAGCCUGGCCAGGUUUGACAGAGAAAAGCUUUACCAGGAGCUGAGCACCAUGACAAACAACGUCACCAAUCUGGGCCACUACAGCCUGGACAGGAGCAGCCUGUAUGUUGAUGGUUUCACCCUCACAGACACGGCUGCAACCAAAAAGCCUCUCUGGACUGCAGUCAAACUGGGCUACAGACUGAGCUUUAGAAUAAUCAAUGAAAACCUCACCAACCCUGAUUCCCAGUCUCCAGAAUACAGAGCAGCAGUAGAAAGCAUCACCAACAAGAUGAAUCACCUGUACCAUCAGAGCGACCUGCGGGACCAGUUCCUGACCUGCAGGAUCACCGGGCUGAGGCCUGGAUCCAUAGUGGUUGACUGCCAGUGCUUCUUCCAGCCCGACCCCAGCAUCAACAGGGCUGUGGUUGAAAGGACUUUCCAGGACAGGACCUCCAACACCACCGGGCUGUGGCUGGGGAGCAGCUACAGACUGCAGGAAUUCUCAGUGGACACCUUGGAACUCUCAGUUGAGGCAGCAACCCACAAGACACCCCUCGAGUCUCGCAAAGAAAACUUUGGAUUAAAUUUCCAAAUCUCCAACCUUCCCUACUCGCCAGAACUGCAGGACUCCAGCUCCCAGAUGUACCAAGAGAACAAAGAGAAGAUUGAGAAAGAGCUCGAGGUAUUCAGGAGCAGCCACCUGAAGGAACAAUUUGUUGGCUGCACUGUGGAGAGCUUUGGGCCUGUCCAUGGCAAAGGACACACAGAGGUUUCCUCCAUCUGCAAGUUCACCCUGGAUCCCCUCUCGGGGACUUUACCAGAGCAGGAGGUGUUUGAGGAGCUGAAAAUCCUGACCCAGGGCUUCACCAGGCUGGGCCCCAGCUAUGAGCUGGAGGAGCAGAGUCUGAUGGUGGAAGGUUACUCGCCACUCAAAACAGACGAGCCAGAGUCUAAAAGAUCAGAGCUUCAGUUCUGGGCCAUCAUCCUCAUCUGCCUUUUCACCCUGCUGGGUUUCAUCCUCCUCCUCUUGUUGUGCUUCCUGGUCCUCUCCUGCCUGAGGAGAAAGUCCCACCUGUACCAGAUGCAGCAGGGCCUGUAUGGGUUGUACUUCCCCCACCUGAGCACUGGGAAGGUUCACUGA